UCCCUUCACCUGUUUCAUUUCUCCUCUGUCCUCUCCCAGAGCCGACUCGCCGCCGCCGCCGCCGCCACCAGCGCCGCUCCUCCCUCCCGUCCCGUCUGUCCAGCCGCUGCGGAGUUUUAUUCAGAAAGUCUGGUUUAGUUUCGGAGGAUCUCUGGAAGAAUGAGCACCUACACCGUGUCGCUGCCCGGGCCCGGCCCCUGGGGCUUCAGGCUGCAGGGGGGGAAGGACUUCAACAUGCCGCUGACCAUCUCACGGAUCACUCCGGGCAGCAAGGCGGCGCAGGGGAACCUGAUCCAGGGGGACGUCAUCGUGGCCAUCGACGGCGUCAGCACCGAGGGGAUGACCCACCUGGAGGCUCAGAACAAGAUCAAGAUGGCCAACUACAACCUGGCGCUCACCAUGGCCAAGUCGAAGCGUCCCGUCGCCAUGCCGACGCCGAGGAUGGACGCCGCCAUUCCCAUGAUCCCUCACCAGCAGGUUUUCUCCCCCGCUGCUCCCAACGCCGGCUUCAACCCCGGCGUGCUGAGGGACACCCACCAGCCCAUCGAGGUGACGGGUCCCGGCGGUAAGGCCACCAUCAUCCACGCCCAGUACAACACGCCCAUCAGCAUGUACUCGCAGGACGCCAUCAUGGACGCCAUCGCGGGGCAGACGCAGGCCAAAGGGCACGACGCCGGUAGCUUCCCAGUUAGAGACUCCCUCCAGUUCAGCGCCUCCCCGGUUUAUCAGGCCGUGCAGAGCGCAGAGAAGGACCUGGAGACCUGGAACCGGGUCGCCAACGUGCAGUCCAAGUCCUUCAAGGUCCUGGCCCACAUGACGGGAACCGAGUCUGCAGCAGCAGAGGAGGAGGAGUUCUGGUCGGAUCCAGAGACAAAGCGGUGGGUGGUGGAUGGUGGAGGUGAAGCCUCUGACUGUUGUUGUUUCUACACCUGCAGCCUGAAGCGACAGUCGGCUGCUCUCAGCCUCCAGCACCGAGCUGCUGCCUCCAGUUACGGCCCGCCUCCCGCCAUGCAUCAGGCUCCACAAGCCCCGCCCCCCCAGCAGUACCAGCCAAUCCCCCAGCAGUACCAGCCAAUCCCACAGCAGUACCAGCCAAUCCCACAGCAGUACCAGCAGCCGCCAAUGCAGGCCCCGCCCACUCAGCAGAGCUCCAUCCAGAUACCUGUUGGCUCCGCCCCUCCAAAGGUGGUCAGCACGGCCUGCAUCUACCCCUCCCAGCCAGCCGCCCCCUUCCCACCUGUAGCGAGGGGCGUGGCCCAGCGGGCGGAGAGGUUCGCCGCCAGCAGCCGCACGCCGCUGUGUGGAGCCUGCAACAGCGUCAUCAGGGGCCCCUUCCUGGUGGCUCUGGGCCGGUCCUGGCACCCCGAGGAGUUCAACUGCCACUACUGCCACAUGUCUCUGGCCGACGUCAGCUUCGUGGAGGAGCAGAACAACGUCUACUGUGAGAACUGCUACGAGGAGUUCUUCGCCCCGACCUGCGCUCGCUGCAACACCAAGAUCAUGGGGGAAGUGAUGCACGCCCUGCGGCAGACGUGGCACACUUCCUGCUUCGUGUGUGCGGCCUGCGGCAAAGCCUUCGGAAACAGCCUCUUCCACAUGGAGGACGGAGAACCGUACUGUGAGAAAGACUACAUUGCACUGUUCAGCACCAAGUGUCACGGCUGCGACUUCCCGGUGGAGGCUGGAGAUAAGUUCAUCGAGGCUCUGGGUCACACCUGGCACGACACCUGCUUCGUCUGCGCGGUCUGCCACGUGAACCUGGAGGGUCAACCUUUCUACUCGAAGAAGGACAAGCCUCUGUGCAAGAAGCACGCCCACGCCAUCAACGUGUAGACGCCAGCUGCCCGCCCAUCCGACCGCCGGCUGCAGCCGCCAGCGCCGGCCGACACCUUUUACAGACGUGUGCUGUAAACGCUAUUUAUGCAAAUACACUUGUUUUAUUUUCUCUGUGCAUUAAUAAUAAUAAUCAUGUUUAAAUUUGAGCUGCCUGAUGAUUCUGCUUCCAAACAGGAACCGACCCGUUUAUGACGUACUGUAGGUUUGUUUCUUACGUUUUCUACCAGAAGCUGUUUGAUGUUGUUCAGUUAAUACGCCUGUACGGAGUCUAAAGCGUGCCAACAUUAACGAGCUCAGAUUGUUUUUUGUGUGUUUAAUUAUAAUCAAUGAGUAAACUGAUAAAUACUAAAGAAAUAAACCGACUCAGAGUUAAAUUUAACGUUGUUUUAAUCUGUUUGUUGUAUAUUUUUACAGGGAUAGAGCAGAAUUAGCAGGAAUCGCGCCAAAGUUAGCGAGCAGGUAAUUUAUUUAAUCUGAGGCUGGUUUUAAACAAAGCUUCCUAUAUUUUAGUAAUUUAUUAUAUUUAUGUAAAAAUGUUAGUUAAAUAUUAAGCUAAUUAAAAAUAUAUAUUUAUGAUUUCUUUUUAACAAAAAAACGUAUUUAUAAAAUGACCCUUAGCAGGUACGUUAUCACGUGUUGUCACUUGACUUUUGAAUAUCUCAGAUUAAAUUGUUUUCUUUAUACCUGCUUUUAGAAACGCAUACAUUUACAAAUUGGUUAUAACUAAAUGCUGAUGGUGGCGCCCUCGAGACUCCGUACGUCUGAACUGCACAGCUGGUGUUUCAUCGUGUGUCCGACUCGUCUGGGUAAUGUGCCUCCUCUGACUCGGACUUGUUUCGGUCUUUUGAACGCUACCUUGUUGUUUUUAUUUCAUUUAAGAUGAAGAUAGUAUUUUGUUACAGUUGGUGCAGAAGGACGCCGUAGAAACUAGAAGCUUUGUUAACAGCAGCAGAGGCGACUUGUUCAUUUAAACCUCUGAUGAUGACUCGAGGCCGGCCGGCGCUUCGCUCUGGUUCCAGCAGGUUAAACGUGAAAAACAAUCCCAGUGCUCGGCGACGCUGUGAGUCGGCUACAGACGGACAUAAAGCAGCAGUAAUGACGACAAACAGACACAAGAGAGACGUAGAGAAGAUGCAAACUGACCACAAAGAGACAAAACAGCUACACAAGACACACAAAACAAAUAGAAAGAGACACAAAACGACCACAAUUUGACAGAAGACGAGACAAAACAAGUACAAGACGUGAAAAGUGACAA